UUUGUGCCAAUUCUAUCAAAUCACCCUCGCUCCUUUUGUGUGACUUUUAACAAUCCAGCUGCUCUUUUGGAGGGGACUUUAAUUUCCGAAAUGCCUAAUGAAAUGGAUCAGAACGGCGGAGACACCAAGAAAGGUGUCGACGAGUCGAACUCACUUAAUGCUUCGCAGAAUAGAUUCCUUCGCGAGAAAAUGGAGAGCACACUCCGAAAAGCUCGCGAAAAGGUUGCAGAGGUCCAGCAGGAUGUGGGCUCUGACCGAUUCGAUAAGGCUUGGGAACGUGUCUACGGCAACAAGCAAUACCGGCCGUCCUGGAUCGGGAAGUUACAGAACCGUGGCUCUCCACCCACCAAGUUCAAACACCAUGCGAGGAACAAGAAACAGGGGGUUAUCACCGAAGAUAAGAAAGAAGAAGAAGAUGAGACUCUUAGGCCUCAAACAGAGGGAAUCCCCGAAGAGUUCCGCGCUAAGAAAACUCUUGAUCCUCUCAAAAUCAAGGGCAAGAUCGUUCCCAACGAGCAAGCCUUGGACAAAUGGCGGAAGGAAAUCGACACAGGGGAAGUGACGAACAAUAAAAUUGUCAAACAAACCAACGUUACUGGCUGGAUUGACAACAACCAGUAUUGGAAACCUGAUGAAAAGAACUUCAUGUCAAUGAAACCUAUAAAAAAGAAGAUGGAUUCGCAGAAGGUUCCCGAGAAUCAAAAGAUCAACACAGAGAAGUACGAUCUGGUGGGCAAGUACGAGAAUCGGGUGCAGAAGGCGGAUUUGAAGAUUGGAGACAAGAUUGUGCCAAAGGAGAGGGAUCUGAAGAAGUGGGGAGAUGAGCUGGAGAUUCCGAAGAAUCUUACGAAGCAGGAUUUCAGCGUGAAACCUUCCAAGAAGCCUGCGACUACAACCUUGUCUGGUGCUGGUGCUGCUGCCGUUGCAGGUGGCGUAGCCUCUACGACGCCGGGUAAAGAAACGGAGGGGCAGAAGAAAUGGGAUAAGGUGCUGAAAACUGCCGAUGUGCCAAAUUUCCUUGCCAACGGUUACUGGUAGCCGAGUUUUCGAUAGGGGUCCUUGUCAUGGUUUGCCCAUUGGCCGAAGGCUUCUGCUAAUUCUUUCCAACUGCAUUGGUUUCCAUCGGCAUUGGGAGCAUAUUAGUGGGACACCUUAUAGAAGAGAAAGCUUGGUGAAAUUCAAAGUGUGUGCUUCAGAUGAAGGACAGCAGCGUAGAUUGGCCUUUCUCAAAAAUAGUAGUCUUCAAGAAGAAGGUUUGGAUUAGACAAGGAAAAGAACAUUAUUAUCAAAGUGGAUGAUCCGAUUGAUUCCAGUGGAAACGAUUCUCUUUGGACGGCGAAGUACUUUGACAGCAAGUGAAAUUAUUAUAAGUUUUAAAAGAGGGAGUAGGAAAAGACUGAAGAUACAAGUUACAGCAGUCUCUGAAUAUGGCAUCUCUUUGGAUCUUGUUAUAGCGUUUCAUUGCACAUUCCCGUAUAUUGAAAAUGAAACGACAGUAAGACUGAGUGUAAUGCGUCUCAAAUCUUGAUAAUUGAUUUUAAGAAUUUGCUUUAUAUUAAUUAGCCUACCGAUUAAUUGCAGUUUUAUUUCUUAAAAAGUAAUUCAUGUCUUUGUCCUACACUACUCAUGAGUGAAGUGUGAAGUAUAUACCAUUCGAUGAGAAUUACAUAUAACAAUUUGUGGAUUAAAAAUAGCUCACUUGUCUCUAUGUAAUCAUAGUUUUUUCCCUUGAAGAUCUUUUGUUCACUUCUGUAAUAAUGCUACAAAAAUAUGAGCAUAAUUUAUCUGCAUCUCUUUUUAUUUGUGUAAACUUGGUUGAAUAUUAAUGAGAAUCAUUCAUAAAAUAGCUCGUUGGUUCUUGAUGCUAUUCCUUGAUUAGUUAUUAUCAGGAAAGGGUAAGUUGAGUUGAUUUGAUUUAAUUACCAUUUCAACUCGUCAUCGUGGCGAGUUGUUUCGCAAGUUAGUUUGAUAUCAAUUGGGAGUUUCCGCAGUCGCUACACAGACGCUUUCUAAAUCAUUGAGAAUCUAUUGUCAAAAGUCCUUCAUAACAAAGCAGUCUUUGUCGAAAAUCGGUGAAUCAAAACAGAAGUGUCGUUCUGGACUCUGGACAAACGACAUAUUUGCUAUUUUGGUCCGCUGUCCGAAUCCGAGGACGAUCUGCUGUCCCGUUUCACCAAUUUUUGACAAAACCCUCCAAUCUGUUCAUUGUGUUUUUACAAUUUUCAAUAGAUUUCCAACGUUCCAGAAAGCAUCUGCGUAGUGUUGCGAAAACUCAUUAUUACUGGACAUCAAGCAGCAGUUGCGUUUUUACAGAUUACCAUCAACAUCAAAAACACUUGACUUCAGCCUACCCCGACGCUGAGUGGUGGGAGAGCCAAUGAUGUUUAGGAAUAGGUAAUUGAUGGGGUUCGUAAUGACCAGGAGAUAAUAGACGUGGGAUUGAGCUAUAUAAAAAUGUUUUUGAAUAUUUCACUGGCCUGUAAACGGGACGGAACAAAAAGACGGAAUGGUGGUGUAGGUGAUAGCGGAAGGAUGUGACGGGCGAUGGGUGAAAUAAACACCUGGUGGGUGUUUCAUGAAGCUGUUCGUAAGUUAAGAGCAACUUUAAGAACGACUGGUGAACCUUUCUCAUGCGCUAAAUAAUCACCAAUGAACAUUUAAUAGUGAAUAUCAUUUAUCACAAGAAAGGAUCACCUGUCGUUCUGAAAGUCGCUCUUAACUUACGAACAGCUUUAUGAAACGGCCCCUAGGUAACCUAUCAUCACAUUCCCCGUCUUUCCUGGCUCCGGUCACACCGCAUCAGAGCAAAAGGGAGCUGUCACACCUGUGCGUUAUGGCCAUGUAGUGUGUGCCGAACGACGUAUGGCAAGACAAACCGAUCAAGAAAUAAUAAAACAGCUUUCAAUGCAUACGUAGGCAUACGUUGGCUUAUUGAAAUUUCAUGAUCAUGUUGAUUCGAUCUCCACUCUUGAUAACAUUAUAUUAUUCCAACAAAUUUCUUUAUGAAGAUGUGGGGGUAGGGGGCAGUGUUCUUGCCCGUAAUACAAUUCU